UUAAGUAAGAUAUAUUGUUUAAUAACCUAUUCAAUUUAAUAACAGUUUUAAUUAAAAAAAAAAUACAAUAAAGUUACAAUGGAAGUUGAAGAAAAUGAAAACGAAAAUAAUGGUCCUAUUGAAAAUGCAUGGGCUAUGAAAAUUCCUAAAUUUACACCCGACGAUAAUCCGCAUGGUCUUAUUGAAGAAAGUAAAUUUGCCACUUUAUUUCCAAAGUAUCGAGAGCAAUAUUUAAAGGAGUGUUGGCCACUGGUUCAAAAAGUGUUAAAAGAUCAUCAUAUUAUAGCCGACUUAGACCUCAUAGAAGGAAGCUUAACAGUAAAAACAACAAGAAAAACGUGGGAUCCUUAUAUCAUAAUCAAAGCGAGAGACUUUAUGAAACUGCUUUCACGGAGUGUGUCUUUUGAACAAGCAGUGAGAGUAUUAGAAGACGAAAUAGGUUGCGAUAUUAUAAAAAUUAAUUCAUAUGUAAAUAAAAAGGAAACUUUUUUAAAACGCAGGCAAAGAUUGAUUGGCCCAAAUGGCGUGACACUUAAAUCCAUUGAAUUACUUACAGAAUGUUAUGUUCUUGUUCAGGGUAACACUGUUUCUGCUGUUGGACCAUACAAAGGUUUGGUACAAGUAAGACGAAUAAUUGAAGAUACUAUGAAAAAUAUACAUCCUAUGUAUAAUAUAAAAAGUCUUAUGAUUAAAAGAGAGUUACUGAAAGAUCCGAGACUAAAAAAUGAAAACUGGGAUCGCUUUUUACCCAAAUUUAAAAGUAAAAAUGUUCCAAGAAAACAACCUAAAAAUAAAGUUAAAAAGAAGCCAUAUACACCAUUCCCACCACCUCAGCCUGAAAGCAAAAUUGAUAAAGAACUUGCAACUGGUGAAUAUUUCCUUAAAGACGAACAGAAAAGAGCUAAACAUUGUUAUGAGAAAGAAGAAAAACAGGUGCAAGCUAAGAAGACCAAAGAAGAAGAGAGGAAAAAAGGUUUUAUACCUCCUGCAGAAAACAUUACUAAACAAAAUAGUGUGGAAGAAUCUACAGUUGACAUAAACAAAUUCAAAGCAAAAAUGAAAAAAGUAUCGAAACAGAACAAAUCCCUAAACAAAAAAGUAUAAAAUUAUUAUGAAACAAGUAGUUUA